UGUUUUCUUGCUUGUAACUUUUUUUUCUGCAUUGUUAUGCAUUUGUGACUUUUGAUUUCUCGGACCUGAUGACUGAUCGCAUUAAGGAUUGAUCCUUUUUUAUGGGUUGUUGUUGCACUUUAUCCAAUGUCUAUACAUCGUUUUUGUUGGUUAAGGUUUAGGACUUAGAAAGCUGAAACCUUCUCAAGUUUUAAAGAUUACAGUGAAAAAAAUGAUUUUUUUGAAAGGAUUUUGAUUUAGAAAGCAACUAAUCUAAUGGGUCGAAAUUGAAAUUGCACUCAUCCAAAGUUGAACACUAUGAUUAAUAUAUUGGCAGGUUUGUUGUUGUUGGGGAACAGUACUGGUAAAUACAUCGACGUUUACUGCAGAAAAUGGUGGAACAUUCUGGUGGUGAUGUCAGUGAUGAGAUUUGGAAUUCAGAUGAUGAGUUUGAGAUAGAUAACUAUCAAUCUUCUCCGAUGCAUUCUAUGUCUGAGACAUCAGGUGGACCUGCUGGUGUGGAACAUUCUGGUGGUGAUGAGAUUUGGAAUUCAGAUGAGUUUGAGAUUGAUAACUAUCAAUCUUCUCCCGUGCAUUCUAUGUCUGAAACCUCAGGUGGAACUGCUGGUACAACCUCGCCAGACUUUAUUCAAAAGGGAAUCUCUGAUGAGACGUUUGGUAGUUUUAUUGAGAUGGGAUUUUCAAGUGAAAUGAUUGUUAGAGCAAUUGAAGAAACCGGUGGAGCAAAUUGGGAACCUACGCUGAUUCUUGAAACUCUCUUCCAGUUUUCUACAAGCGAUGAACCUAGUUCUUCAAAAUCCAAAGUUAUCAAUCAUCUUAUUGGGAUGGGGUUUACUGAGGAAAAUGUGUUAAAAGCUAUACAAGAAUACGGAGACGAAAAUAUUGAUGAGUUAACAUAUGCACUUCUUACUUAUGCUGAGGUAGAGAAAAUGAGCGAAACAAAAGACGAGAACAUCAACACUAAUGAUGAUGACAAUCUCUAUACAUUAUCCUCAGAUGAUGAGGGUAAACUAAACUACUCGAAUGAAGAUAGUAUACUCCAAGAUUUGAUCAAGAUGGACUAUUCGAGGGAAGAAGCUGCUAAAGCUAUAGAGAGAUGUGGAAAGGAUGCAAGUGUGGAAGAGGUCGUAGACUUCAUUUGUGCUGCUCAGAUGGCACGGCAGUUCGAUGAGUUUUUUGCAGAACAAGAUAAAAAAGAGCUUAUAACUAAAAGCAAAAAGAGGCGAGUAUACAAUGAGCCACCAAGAAGAGAGAGAAAGCCGAACACUGCCACGGCCAAUGACGAGCUCAUCCGUCUACCAAAUCCGAUGAUUGGGUUUGGUGUCCCUAAUGAACCUGGACUUAUGAAACACAGACCAGUCCCAAUUCCCGAUGUUGCUCGUGGCCCGCCCUACUUUUACUAUGAGAACGUUGCAAUGGCACCUAAAGGUGUUUGGGCCAAGAUUUCCAGCCACUUGUAUGAUGUCAUGCCCGAAUUUGUUGAUUCUAAGUAUUUUUGUGCCGCUGCAAGAAAAAGGGGUUAUGUUCAUAACCUCCCAAUCCACAACCGAUACCAAAUCCAGCCUCCACCACACUACACCAUCCAAGAAGCCUUUCCAUUGACCAAGAGAUGGUGGCCCACUUGGGAUAAAAGACUGAAGUUGAACUGUUUGGUCACAUGUAUUGCCAGUGCUCAGCUUACAAACAGACUACGUGAGAAGCUUGAGAGACAUGAUGGAGAGCCGCCUGAAAGUGUGCAGAAAGAAGUCCUUGCGAGUUGCAGAAAAUGGAAUCUGGUCUGGGUGGGUACGAACAAACUUGCCCCGCUUGAGGCAGAUGAGAUGGAGAAGCUUCUAGGCUUCCCAAUAGAUCAUACUCGAGGAGGAGGAAUCAGUAGAACUGAUCGCUUUAAGUCUUUAGGCAACUCUUUUCAGGUUGAUACUGUUGCAUAUCACUUGUCUGUCCUCAAGCCUUUGUUCCCGAAUGGAAUCAACGUUCUGUCACUCUUCACGGGGAUUGGCGGUGGAGAAGUCGCACUCCAUCGUCUCAAGAUUCAAAUGAAUGUAGUUGUGUCUGUGGAGAUUUCAGACGUAAAUCGAAACAUCUUGAGUGACUUUUGGAAGCAGACGAAUCAGACGGGAAUCUUGAGAGAGUUCAGUGAUGUUACAAAGCUCGACAACCAUACCAUUGAGCGACUUAUGGACGAGUAUGGAGGGUUUGACUUGGUCAUAGGAGGAAGCCCUUGUAAUAAUCUGGCCGGAGGUAAUCGGAUCAGUAGAGUUGGACUUGAAGGAGAUCAUUCGUCUCUCUUCUUCGAAUAUUGCAGGAUCCUCGAGACCGUUCGCAGCAAAACAGCAGAUAUGAGGAGGAGAUGAAGACUUUGACGUCCCAAGUUGUUCUGAUUUGAAGAAAAAAAAGACAAUUCUUACAUCAGUACAUGAGUGAGUAGCACGUUCUAAGUGAUUCAAAGUUGUAUUUUGCAGAUUCUUUUUUGUGCCUUCUCUCCACUGUAGUAAGGUUUACUAUUACUGCAAGAAUAUUUUUCGAUCUUCUUA